UAAUCGUUCGUAUGAAGAUUGUGCGCAUCUCGAAUUUUGGUUGCUUCACGAUUUUAGUUGCUUCGUUGAUUGUUAAUUUUUUUUAUUUCUUGAUUGAUUUUUGUGGUCAUUGAAAAUGAGUGAUCAAAGCUUAAAUUUAAAAUUCGUCAAAGAAGUGGAAAAACGUGAAAUUCUUUAUAAUUUUAAUCUUCCUGGGUAUUCGCGAAAAGAUUUAGUUGAGAAAAAUUGGCAGGAGAUUGCCGACAUUGUCAAUUUACCUAUUUCUGAAUGCAAAGAAAAAUGGCGAAAUGUUCGUACAGUUUUCAUUAGAAAAAUGAAACCCUUACCAAAUGGAUCUCGAAGAAGAAAAGCAUACUAUUUAGCCGAUGCUAUGAAAUUUUGUAUACCCUAUAUUAAAAUAUUAGCACCACCUAAUUUUGAAAAUUACACACAAUAUGAUAUAACCCAAUAUGAUACUAAUACUACACAAAAUAUGGUAGUGAAAUCUGAAAGAUAUGAUGAAUAUGAUGAUAACAGUGGUUCAAUUGAGGAUCUUGCUGAAAUAUAUCCCCCAGAAGAGGCAUCAGAACAAAACGAAUGUCCUGCUAAAAAACAAAAAUUAGAAACACCAACAACAACAACUACACAAAGUGAAGUAGUAGCAACUACUAGUAGCUGCAAUAGAAUUGAACAAAAAGAAGCUAUUAAAAUGUUUCUUCUCAGUUUAAUACCUGAAGUUGAAAAUUUUUCCGACUCUCAAAUGAAACAAUUUAAAAGGAGAAUUUUCGGAGUAAUUGAUGAGAUAUCUGAUACUUAAUCUCUAUAGCAAAAUAAAUUUUGACCUCGAAAAUUAUACCAAUACCAAAGAUGAACUUGAAUGUAUAUUU